AUGAUUGAUUUAACACCAUUUAGUAUUGUUUCACCGACAUCUUCUCCAAAUUUUGAUACAUUAGAUCAGUCAUUUAUGUAUACACAAUUGCUCAAAGAAAUUAUUCUUGAAAUGAAAUAUGAUGAUAAUGUAAGAAAAGAAUUCAUUGAUUUCUACCUUCAUUCCUUUCCAGAAGAAGGUUUCCAAUCAAAGGCAUUAUAUGAAUUCCAGCAAUCUUAUGAACAUCAUUCAACUAUCUGGUGGUACACAAAAAAACAAUUUUUAUAUUCUACACUUAACAAAGCUUUGAGAACUCAAGAUACCGAAAUGAUCAUAAAGAUGGGAUUUUUCAUUCAAGAUCUUCAUAAAGAAAUCGAACAAAAACACUUACAAAAUCAUCAGGCUUCAAAGAUGAUCGUUUAUCGAGGACAAGGAUUAUCAGAGGCUGACUUUAGAAAAAUACAGAAAAAUAAAUCUGGUCUUUUGUCUUUCAACAAUUUCUUAUCGACAAGUGUUGAACGUGACGUUUCCUUAUUGUAUGCCGAUAGUGUACGUCAAAAUCCUGAUACGGUUGGAGUUUUAUUUCACAUGGAACUUGAUUCAUCAAACUCUUCUACAUCUUAUGCAUCAAUACGUGAUAUCAGUAAAUUUCAAUCAGAAGAAGAAAUACUUUUUUCAAUGCAUUCGGUUUUUCGAAUUGGUGAUAUCAAACAAAUCAAACAUCAAUUGUGGCAAGUUAAUCUAACACUGACUAUUGAUCAUGAUCCCCAAUUGAAAUGUCUGACCGACUUCAUAAGAGAUGAAAUUAAUGUGCCGAAUGGAUGGCUUCGUCUAGCUUUAUUGAUGGAGAAGAUGGGUAAAUUCGAAAAAACGCUCGAAAUACUUAGUACUGUACUCCAAACCAAAUCCUUUCAAGAGAUAGAUGUAGAUUAUUUCUCAAAGCCUGAUCUCAUCGUUUUCAUUUCUAAUAUAAAAUUCACAUUGGGAAAUUACACUGAUGCGUUCGCAGAUAUUCAGACAGCACUGGAAGUUCGUCAAAAAUUUGCUCAACUCGAUGAUCCAUUUCUAAUAAUGUAUAACUAUUUAAUCGGUAAAAUAUAUCAAUCAAUGGGUAAUUACGAGAUGGCAGUGUUAUAUCACGAACAAGCACUUGAAAAUUACCGGAAAUGUCAUCCAUCAGAUCAUCAAAGUCUAGCUGAAAUUUACAGCAGCAUUGCUGCUACGCAUUAUUCCACAGGAGACUAUACAAUGGCACUAUCCUUUUAUGAGAAAGCACUUGAAAUUUAUCGAAAAUCUCUUCCAUUAGAUCAUCCAAAUCUAGCUCUAAAUUAC